UGUGGUGCUCGAAACAAAAGCUGCGCACGGGGAGGAAAAAGAGGCAAGGAGCUCGUGACGUCGGGAGGACUAAGUCACACACACACGAACACACACCUCCCUUCUCUCUUUAGCUCAGUGUAAAUACCAUCUCCACCAGAUGAGCGCGGACGCACUGAAUGCUUCUGUAUAACAUCACAGAAGCCUUCUGAAUCAUCACUGACUGAUACAAACAUUUCUGUAGUUUAUGCUUGCUCGCUUGCUUGUUUGUUUGUUUUAUGUGAUAUUAUUCUUGGAUUUCAUCACUCCAUGUCCUUCGUGAUCGGUUGUGCUGACCCCCAAAACUGACAAAGAGGAAUGUCUUCUCGACACCCAUCCAACCCAAAACCUAACUUCUGGAUAUGAGAAAGAUUCCUGAAGACAGUUCUUAAGGGGAAAACAUACCACAGAAGACGCACAUAUAGUAAAAGACUGGACUGUACCGCGGUAUGGCGUUGUGAAAAGGACUCUUAACAUUGUAUGUGCACUUUGGUUACGUUAAAGAGAAAAGAGCCACACCAAGACUUUCUGCGGCAGCGCAGACAACGGGGGGCAUUUUCUUCGUCAGACCGCGUUAAGAUGCUCUGUUUUUCAGCAUGCCAGCGGGCGCAUGCCAUGCUGUAGCGCUGCGCAGCCAAAUGGCACGAGCCAGCGCAACCGAAUCGCUCUGACGUUCACGGAGGACAAGACGUAUGAUGAUGAGCGGCAGCUGCCGUGGGACCAGUCUCCUUGUCCCGAUGCGUUCUCCACUCUCCGUUCGGUUCGCCUUCAUUCUUCCUCUCACACACCUGCUCGUCUUCGCUGUCUCUGUUCUAGGAACGCGCGUGGGUAAAUAGAACCGCGUUAGGAACAAUGGAGUUGUCUGAGGUUCGCUGUUCCAGCGCGAGCGAGGAGCUGUACACCAUCAACAAGACCCCCAGCAACAACAACGGGAACCGACCGAAGCGCCUGCUGUGGCAGAACGCUGUGCGACACAUCACCGAGCAGCGCUUCAUUCACGAGCACAGCCCUAAACCCGUCUCACCGGACGAGCCUCACGCGCAGGGCUCGCGCAAGCAGUCCGCCGGCAGGACUUCGGUGAGCGACCGGCACAAUAACGGCGGUACUAAAGUCUUCCCCGAGCGCUCGAGCAGCGACCUGGGUUUCCUGCAGAUCGACUGCGCGCCCAGCAACUCCGACUUCUUUCUGAGCUGGGGCUACACGUACCGCGGGGUCAUCUUCCCCACGCUGCGCUACGCCUUCAAGUCCAGGGACCUCGAGCGCCUGUACCAGCGCUACUUCCUGGGCCAGCGACGGAAGUCGGUGGUGGUCAUGAACAUUCUGGACGUGGUGACCAAGCUGACCCUGCUCGUGCUGCACCUGACCCUGGCGUCCACACCGAUGGACCCGAUCAAAGGAAUGCUGCUCGGCUUCUUCACGGGCAUCGAGGUGGUCAUCUGCGCUCUGGUGGUGGUACGCAAAGACACAAGCUCGCACGGUUACCUGCAGUACAGCGGAGCGGUGACCUGGGUCGCCAUGGCCACGCAGAUCCUCGCGACGGGACUGGGCUACGGUUUGCUCGGGGAUGGGAUAGGGUACGUGCUCUUCACGCUCUUUGCUACCUACAGCAUGCUGCCGCUGCCUCUCACCUGGGCCAUCGUGGCGGGACUGCUGACCUCCGCGCUGCACAUCGCGAUCCAGCUGUUGGUGCCCCCUCGAGCACAGAUCUCCACGAAUCAGCUGUUAGCUCAGGUGCUGCUGUUCUUAUGUAUAAACACUGCAGGGAUGUUUAUCAGCUACCUGUCAGACCGCGCCCAGCGCCAGGCCUUUCUGGAGACACGCAGGUGCAUCGAGGCACGUCUUCGCCUGGAGACCGAGAACCAGCGACAGGAGCGUCUGGUCUUGUCGGUGCUGCCACGCUUUGUAGUGCUGGAGAUGAUUAAUGACAUGACCAAUGUGGAGGACGAGAACCUACAGCACCAGUUUCACCGUAUCUACAUUCACCGCUAUGAGAACGUGAGUAUUCUCUUUGCUGAUGUGAAGGGCUUCACCAAUCUUUCCACCACACUCUCUGCUCAGGAACUCGUUCGAAUGCUCAACGAACUCUUUGCACGCUUUGACCGACUGGCACACGAGCAUCAUUGCCUGAGGAUCAAGAUACUAGGGGAUUGUUAUUAUUGUGUUUCUGGCCUUCCCGAGCCUCGACCGGAUCAUGCCCACUGCUGUGUUGAGAUGGGCCUCAGCAUGAUCAAAACCAUCAGGUAUGUGCGCUCACGUACAAAACAUGACAUAGACAUGCGCAUUGGCAUCCACUCUGGUUCGGUUCUAUGCGGAGUUCUUGGUUUGCGGAAAUGGCAAUUUGACGUCUGGUCUUGGGAUGUCGACAUAGCCAACAAACUGGAGUCUGGGGGAAUACCUGGGAGGAUCCACAUCUCUAAAGCGGCUCUAGACUGUCUGAAUGGCGAUUAUGAGGUGGAAGAGGGUCACGGUAAGGACCGCAACGAUUUUCUGCGCAGGCAUAACAUCGAGACUUUCCUGAUCAAGCAGCCAGAGGAGAGCUUACUCACGCUGCCGGAGGACAUCAUGAGAGACUCCACCAACCAAUCAGAUCACAGACCCUCUAACACUUCCUUCACGGAGGGAACAUGGAGCCCUGAACUUCCCUUCCAUAACAUAGUGGGCAAACAGAAUACUCUGGCUGCGCUCACACGUCACUCCAUUAACCUGCUCCCCAACCACCUGGCUCAAGCCCUGCAUGUGCGCGCCGGCUCACAGGAAAUUAACGCUCGCAUGCAGAGCGCCAUCGCCCUGCGCAGCGGGGACAAGCUCCGCCAAGAACAUAUCUCCCCCUUCUCUCUCACCUUUAGAGAAACACUGCUGGAGCACAAGUAUUCCCAGAUGCGAGACGAAGUGUUUAAGUCUAAUCUUGUGUGUGCCUUCAUUGUUCUCUUCUUCAUCACUGGAAUACAGAGCUUACUUCCCUCUGCAAGGAUGGUGACUAUGGUGAUACAGUUCUCCGUCCUCAUCUUGCUGCAAUGUUGCCUUGUUGUUGUGACAACGGCGGAGGAUUAUAAGUGUUUGCCGCUGGUUUUGCGAAAAGCAUGUUGCUGGGUGAACGAAACGUACACUGCACGGAACGUCGUCAUCUUCCUCUCCAUCCUCAUCAACUUCUUGGCUGCCAUGAUCAACAUACUUUGGUGUGAUUUCGAUAAAAAUUCCGGCUCGUUCAGGAACCAGACGUUUAAUGCAUCUGCCUCAAUCCCCGAUAUCUGCUUCUACCCAGAGUAUUUCGUGUUUACUGGAGUGUUGGCGAUGGUGACGUGUGCAGUGUUCCUCAGACUGAACUCGGUUCUGAAGCUGGCCAUCCUGCUGAUCAUGAUCGCUAUCUACGCAGUGCUGACCGAGGCCCUCUACACACCACUGUUCAUCCGCUAUGACACACUUACACUUAAUCAGAGCAAAAGCUUCCUGGGAACCAAGGAAACGUCUCUGCUUCUCAUGGCGAUGUUCCUUUUAGCGGUGUUCUACCACGGCCAACAGCUGGAGUAUACUGCUCGUCUGGACUUCCUAUGGCGUGUACAGGCGAAAGAAGAGAUAAAUGAGAUGCGAGAGCUGCGUGAACACAAUGAGAACAUGCUUCGGAACAUUCUCCCCAGCCAUGUCGCACGCCACUUCCUGGAGAAAGACAGAGACAAUGAGGAGCUCUACUCGCAGUCAUAUGAUACGGUGGGAGUGAUGUUCGCCUCCAUUCCAGGCUUUGCUGACUUUUACUCGCAGACUGAAAUGAAUAAUCAGGGUGUGGAGUGUUUGCGGCUGCUCAAUGAGAUCAUCGCUGAUUUUGAUGAGUUGCUGGGGGAAGAGCGAUUUCAGGACAUCGAGAAGAUAAAGACCAUCGGCAGCACAUACAUGGCCGUGUCAGGACUAUCUCCUGAGAAACAACAAUGUGAGGAUAAAUGGGGGCAUCUGUGCGCGCUGGCUGAUUUCGCCAUUGCUCUGAAUGAAAGCAUUCAGGAGAUCAACAAACAUUCGUUUAACAACUUCCAGCUCCGAAUCGGUAUGGCUCACGGCUCUGUGGUCGCUGGAGUGAUCGGCGCUAAGAAGCCGCAGUAUGAUAUUUGGGGGAAGACGGUUAAUCUGGCAAGUCGCAUGGACAGCACGGGUGUGAGCGGGAAGAUCCAGCUCCCAGAGGAGACCUACGCCAUCCUGAAUGAGCGCGGCUUUGCCUUCGAGUACCGAGGCGAGAUCUAUGUGAAGGGCAUCAGCGAACAAGAAGGCAAGAUUCGUACGCACUUCCUUGUGGGCCGUGUGCAGCCCAACCCGCUCAUCCUGCAGCCGAGAAAGCUCACAGGACAGUACUCGCUCGCCGCCGUGGUGCUCGGCCUGGUCCAGUCCCUCAACCGGCAGAAACAGAAACAAAUCCUCAAUGAAAACAACAACUCAGGCAUCAUGAAGGGCCACUACAACCGCAGAACUCUGCUGGCACCAGGCGGUCCAGACACCAGCCACGCCGAGGUCACGGACAAGAGCGAGCUGGCCUAGAAGACAAGGAAAACAGACUGCGUACUUAACCAAAAGACUGAGCUGUACUUCAGACUGCUGCCGCUGACUGAGUGUCUCUCUUGCUGUCUGUGUUUCUUUUUGUAUUUAUUUUGUAUUUGAGAAACAAUAAAGGGGUUUAAUUUUUUU